GCUUCGCCGGCAAGGACGACUGGGAGUCCGCCCAGAUCGACGCCUGGGUCGACCAGCUGAACGACUUCAACACCGAGCUCCGCCCGUACUUCAUCGUCGUGGCCGGCUACGGGGAGGGCGACAAGGACAAGCUCUACAAAGAGGUCGUCGAGCCGGCUCGGGACAAGAUCUUCCCGCUCAUCGUCAAGCAGCUCAAGGCGAAUGGAUCUGGAUUUUUGGUCGGCUCGAAGGUGUCCUGGCUGGACGUCACCCUGUCGUGCCACAUCGAGACGUUCCUGCAGUUCGUCCCCGACUACCUCGACAAGUACCCGGAGUUCCAAGUCAAAUCGCUUGCCGAAUUCUUCUGGCAAAUAUUGGAGCCGCGGGGAGCCCAGAGUACCAUCCCGGCUACCCGGAGCGCGUCGGAAUAUUCCGCGGAAAACCAAAUUACGCAUCUGCAGGCGUUGGACGACUUC